CCAGGCAGUGCUCAGGUAGACCUGGGUUUGUUGUUAGGUGAACCGCGUAGUACUGCCUGAUGCAAGUCAACAGGGCUGUUUGAAUUAUUGUCUGAAAAAGUUCAACACUCAUGCAGGUCGUCCUCAUUUAGAAAAAUGUGUUAGUCCAAGGCUACACUUUGGAGAAUGGAUAAAACUGGUGAAGUAAGUUUUAAAGGUAACCAAUGGCAGAGACUGUUCAAGAGUCAUCGGGGGCAGAAAGAGGAAGGAGAAGAUGGAGUCAAGGAUGAAGGGAAACGUAAUCUGGAUCAGAAGUUGAAAAUUAACUGGAAAGAGUGGCUGGUUGAUCCAGCAGAGAGGUUUUAUUAUGUCUGGCUACAGGUCAUGAUCUUUCCCAUUGUCUACAACACAGUGAUCAUCAUUUUGAGGACGUGCUUCACUACAAUUGCAAUGAGCUACCUGCCUGUGUGGCUUACACUGGACUAUCUGUCAGACUUCAUGUAUAUGGCUGACAUGAUCAUCACUCUUCAUACAGGUUACUUGGAACAAGGCAUCCUGAUCAAGGACCUAACUCAUCUGAAGAAGCGCUACCUGCACUCAACACGUUUCCUAAGGGAUAUGAUGUCCCUGCUGCCCACCGACUUCCUCUACUUUGUCUUUGGCAUCCAAACUCCGCUGGUAAGGAUCAACCGCCUUCUGCGAAUGCCACGACUCAACGAGGCCCUGGAUCGCAUGGAGACGAGAACCUCCUACCCCAACACCUUCCGUAUCUCCAAGCUCAUGAUCUACAUCUUUGUGUUGAUCCACUGGAAUGCCUGUCUCUACUUCGCACUGUCAAGCUACAUCGGCUUUGGAAGUGACCGUUGGGUAUAUCCCAACAUGACCAACCCAGAGUUUGCCUCCAUGCGUCGUCAGUACUUUUACUGCUUCUGGUUCUCUGCCCAGAUUUUCACCACAGUAGGCGACACACCACUACCAAAACGAGAAGAGGAGUACUUGUUUAUGAUUGCAGACCUGCUCAUUGCUGUGCUGGUGUUUGCAUCGAUUGUUGGCAAUGUUGGCAAUGUCAUCACAAGCCUAAGGGACCGUGACAAUGUCUUCUUCCCUAACCAUGAGCUGGUGAAAGCAUACCUGCGUAGCCAUCACAUUAGCAAGGAGCUUAGACAGCGUAUCGACAACUGGUACCAGCACCUUCACAUCAACAAGAAGAUCAUGCGAGAGAAUGAAAUCCUGGAGCAGCUGCCCGUACACUUGAGGACAGAGAUCGCUGUCAGCGUUCACCUUCCCACACUCUCCAAAGUCACCAUCUUCCAGAGCUGUGAGAAAAGUCUGCUGGAGGAGCUAGUGCUUAAACUAACACCUCAGGUGUUCAGUCCAGGAGAGUACGUCUGCAAAAAAGGAGAUGUGGGCCAUGAAAUGUACAUCAUCAGAGAGGGGAAACUUGCAGUUGUAGCAGAUGAUGGUGUCACAGAGUUUGCUGUACUGGGUGAAGGGAAUUUCUUUGGGGAAAUUAGUAUCCUCAAUAUCAAAGGUAACAAGUCAGGUAAUCGUCGCACCGCCAACAUCCGAAGCAUUGGCCACUCUGACCUGUUCAGCUUGUCCAAAGAAGACCUGACAGACGUGCUAUCUGAGUUCCCUGCAGCCAAACGUCACCUGGAAGAGAAAGGCAGACAGAUCCUCACUAAGAUGGGCAUGUUGGAGGAGAGUGGGGAGGGAGAGGAGGUAGAGGUAGAGAAAGUGGAAACCAAGAUAGAAAGGCUGGAGAGGAACUUGGAAAUCCUACAAACAAAACUAGCUCGACUUAUGAUGGAAUUAGAGUCCAGCAACCGCAAGAUGCAGACCAGAGUGGAGCAGCUGGAGCGGGAGGUGGCAGCACUAGAGUCUCAGCCUCCAGAAGAUGGGGAAGAAGUAGAAAGAGCACAGGGAAGAGGGGAGGGGGUGGGAGGGGAGGUUGGAUGGGAGCGAGAAGAGGCAGAGGGAGAGGAAGAGGAGGGUUCAGAUGCAAAAGUAAAAAAACAGGGAGACGAUAGUAAUGAUGUGACCAAAGAGGGAGAUGGAGAGAGCACCAAAAGUACAAAAGAGGAUGUGGAAAGGAUGAUGGAGGGAGAUAAAUCUGGGCUGAAAGACCCUGAUGAUCAGGGAAAGCAAGAAGAAGAUGAUGAAGAGAAAAUCAGACAGAAAGGAGAUGACAGACCUGGGAAAGGAGAUGGAGCUGAGAUUGAACCUGAAGGCGAGAAAGAAGAGAAAAGUGGAGAAGGAGAAUCUGAAGAGGGGAGAGAAAAAACUGAAGAAGACUCAGAAACAAGGGAGGCGGGGCAGAAAGAUGAAGGGCAGAAAAAAUGAAUGGAAAAGCAAAAUAACUGAAAAUGAGAAUGAACAAAGGUUUGUAUGUUUGUGUUUGUCUGUAGACGUUUGUUUUAUUUUAAUAAAAGUACUGAAAACCUCAA